UUGAGCUGCUACGGCCCCCGUAGUUUUCGCGACGUGUCUUCCUCGUUCUGUGGAUUUCCGUGUCCGCUCCUGUCGGGUUUGUAUGGACGCCCUCCCGGCCGUGCUGGGCGCCGCUGCCCUGCUGCUGCUGCUCCUCACUGCGCGGCUUCUCCUAGCGAGGCGGAACAGCAGCCCGCGGACAGCUCCCCUCAGCCUCCUGGUGGUGGCCGGCUCCGGAGGACACACAACAGAAAUACUGAGGUUACUCAGCAGUUUGUCCCAGUCAUACUCUCCUCGACAUUACAUUUUUGCAGAUUCAGAUAAGAUGAGUGAAGAUAAAAUACGUACUUUUGAACAAAAAAGAGCUGAAACUUUCUCCAAUUCCCAGUUUACCCUUAAUCGUAUUCCCAGAUGUCGGGAGGUGUGCCAGUCUUGGAGCUCUUCAGUACUGACAACACUCUACUCCAUACUUUACUCCUUUCCUUUGACUUUCAGACUAAAGCCAGAUUUGUCUUUAAGAGUUGGAGAGCUGGGAAAACAAAAUAUAUUAUGCAAUGGACCAGGAACAUGUGUUCCUGUCUGUAUAUCUGCCCUUCUUCUUGAGAUACUGGCACUAAAGAAAGUUAUCAUUGUGUAUGUAGAGAGCAUCUGCCGAGUGGAAACUUUAUCCCUGUCUGGAAAAAUUCUUUACUACUUUUCGGAUUACUUCAUUGUUCAGUGGCCUGCUCUGAAGGAAAAAUAUCCCAAGUCUAUAUAUCUUGGUCGAAUAGUGUGACAACAAAAGGCUAACUUUAUUUAUAAUGAAUUCACAUUUCUGUAGGUAGCUCCUCUUUAUAGUUAAAGGAUUAUAUUUAUUUUUUCCACAGGUUCUUGAUUUGAGAUUUACUGGUUGUUGCAAACCAAAUGUGUAAGUCAAACAGCUAAGACUUGAAAGCAGACUGCAAUAAAGUUACAUUAAGAAAAAAAACCCAUAUUUCUGCAUACACAUUUAUUGCCAUCAUGUGGAUUUAUUCACCAGCUUCCCUUCACACUUGUAAGGGAAUAGCAUUGAAUCUUCUCAGUGCCUGGUUUCACCUAAUUGUCUUGUGACAUAAACAGGAAGAUUUGUCUACAAAUAAAUAUGAGAGUUUGUCUGAAUUGUAACAUUUCCUAUAAAGGAAACUUUUUGUAGUGUUCUAAAGGGUAAGAAACAUGGUCUUGUUCUAAUACAACAGACUGUUUCCUGUAUGCAAGCAGCAAAGUCCCUAGCGAAUCUUUGGAAUAUAAAGAAAACGGUUAUAUUAAGUUGGCUUCAUUACAAUUAGCACUCUACAGUCUUCCAAAACCCUGAACAUUAAACCAGCAUAAUUUUUCCUCUUGAUUUGUCAAAGCUGCUCCUACUAUCCAAAACACACCUCUUGUUUAAAUUAAGAUAAAUAAGGUGACAAACAUCAUGAGACAGAUGCAGUAUUUGUAUAGUCAAAAGAUACAUGCUUCAAAAUGUACAUAAAAAUAUCCUUCACAGCUUUACAUCACAGACAAAACUGUCACCGUGGAGUAUUGAGCUGUUUUGGCCCAGUUUGCUGCCACAUGUGUAAAGACUAAAAUGAGUAUUAAUGAUGGUGACAGAAGUGGGGGGGGAAUACCUCUCUCGCUUGGUGAAUUUGAUUUCUGUAUAUUUUGUUUUGUCUGUUUAAGAAAAGAAUCUCUAUUUCAGCAAUACAAUGCACAUUUAAUAAAGAAGGGUUUU